CGGGCAGAAGUGUCUCAGGCGCGGCCCAUGGGUGGAGGCGUGAAUUGCGCCCGGAUUUAGUCGGGACGCGCAGUGAAGGAUACGUCCACCACUGCUGUGAAGAAGGGAUGGUGAAAAGAAAAAGAUGAGGCACUGAAGAGCCAAAGUGCAGCGGCCAAGUAACCCGCGGAGCAUAGUUCGACGCCAGGAGUUGAAGCGCGGACAGCAGUCUGGGGCUAAUUAGCCAGUAGAGCGCAGCGGCCAAGCAUCCCGCGGAGCGUAGCUCGACGCCACGAGUUGAAGCGCAACAGCACUCAUGUGCUAAUAGCCAAAAGCAAGGAAUACACUGGGCUGGAGCUCCUCCUCGGUGAGCGGCACGUGCUCGUCGUUGAACACGUCGCGCAGCUGAUGUGGAAAGGCAUCAGGCCCCUCCCAGAACGAGGAGCCGCGCCAGCUCGGGGUACCGGAUGUCGUGGCAGAUGACGGCGCCACACACGAGGCUGCCGCCAGAAAAGGGGAGCGAGAAGGUGGAGAGCCCCUCGCCCGGCAGCGCCCAAUCGUCCGUCGGCACGAGCUGCAGCUUUGGCUGGCGGGUGAUGAUCACCCCGCCCUUGUCGAUCACGAUCGCGGCAUUCAGGACCCCUCCGCUGGAAUACACGGGCGCCCCCAACACCGCGGAGAUGCCCGCAUCGGGGCACGCUGCAGAGAUCGCACCCAGCGCGGUUUCGCACAGAAGCGGCGUCUUGGGGCGGCGACGACGUCGCAAAGGUAGCCCGUGAGCGACACCUCGGGAAACACGACAAAAAACCUCGCCGGAAUCCGCCGCUUCCCUGAUCUCACCCUACAUGGCAGCGGCGUUCAUUUCCAAGCUCUUCGACGCUCGAAUCUGGGCGGUCGCUAAGACCGCGGCGCGAUCCGUAGUCCCCACGCAAUGGCGCUUCAGGCUCGGCUCGUCCGUCAUCUGCGUCCUCCCCAGGCCAGGCCUGCCACCGAUCACAAGGCGGGGACUGAUCUGGCGUAAAGCAACACCUCCGUCAACUGCAUCGGCCCCCCCAGAAGGGGCGGUUGGAAACGACAAGACACUGCCCAGAGCCACCUCGACCCCAGGCUGCAGGCGAAAUGGGCUUCUAUGUGCGGAACAGGACAGGGCCACAGGUACCACGAGGCCUGUGGAGAUCUCGGAGGGCCUCCAGAGGCGUCCAGAGGUCCCCCGUAGGCCUGUGAAUCUCCCACGGAAGCUUCUGAAGGUCUCCCGAGGCCUCCUGAAGCCCAAAGAAGACAAAGAGAGUGUUCAGCCGAGGGGGCUCGCCCGGGCACUCCACACCGCUUCCGAGCGGGGAAGGCGGGAGGAAACCGAUGGGGGCGGCACGGCCCUCUCCCCAGGCCUGCGCCACACUCCCAGACGGGCCGCCCUGGCAUCUCCGAGCCGUGCCCGCCCACGCAUGCUCGCAGAAGCUCGCCUGGGCCACCACUUCAGCGGGGCCCCGCGCAGCUGGGUGCGAUCCUCUGCAGAUCUGGGGCAGGUGGCUCUCGAGGAGCAGAAGAUGGCAUCCGCCACCGUGCCCUCGAUGCACGAGCUGGAGUGUUCUCGAG